CAACUCUCUGCUUGAUUAGACUCAUCGUCUGUGCAAUAACAAUGAAGCUCUUACUGAUUUUGGCUUUCUUGUCGCUCUUGUCGCAGGAAACCAGCUCACAGGACAUCAUGGCUCCUAGCAUGAACAUUCUCACUGAGCUGAUAUCCAUUAAGGCAAGAAUGAAAGCAAUGGAGGAGGAAAUAACUGAGCUACGGAGACUGAACAGUGAGCAGGCAACUCAGCUGGAAAUUCUGAACGCCUCACACUACAGGAUGGAGGAUCUGCUGACAACAAACAAAGACCUCAGAGUGGCUUUUUCUGCAUCCCUGCUGACCUCUGUUGGACCCUCAAACGUCGGACCUUUCACCACUACAAACACGCUCAUCUAUAAACACGUCUUUCUAAACAUCGGAGAGGCGUACAACCCAAACACAGGCAUUUUCACGGCUCCUCUGAAAGGCGCUUAUGUGUUCCGAGUUUUUUCCAAAAUGAUCACAGACACACAGACACACAGUGUGACGGCCGGUCUGUUUAAGAAUGACCAGCACAUGUUCUCCACUCACGCUCACAACAGCGGAGGAUUUCACAGCUCGUCUAAUGGAGCCACUCUGCCGCUGGAGAAAGGCGACGCUGUCAGCGUACGUCUUUAUGCCGGAAGCUGGAUUUUCGACAACGGAGAGCAUCAUCACAGCUCGUUCAGCGGCCAUCUGCUUUUCCCACUGUGAAGAAGGAAAAGUUUCAGGGCAACACACAAGGCUCUGGUUCGGACAUUUAGGGGGGAUGAGUAGCUAAUUAGUAGUAAAUAGAUCAUAAUGUUUCUUGUUAAAUGGAUCUAAAAUAGAGGGGAAGAAAAUAAAAGAAUCCUUCAUCUAAACGAGUCAUAGCAGUUGUGAUGCUUUGUUUGUUUUGUUGAUGCUUUGUUGUGUUACAACUCAUUAAUGUGCAAAAUGCAGUAAUAAUGUACAAUGUGUUCAAAUAAAUUGCAAAAGAAUGCUAAACAUAUACAUAUACUAUAGUGAACGGCCAAAAGUAUGUGGACCCCUGAGCAUCACACCCACAUGUGGUUGCAGCUCAGCA